GUUAAUCUGUUUUAAGCGAGGCACACGAACCCUAGGGUUUUUCAUAUAAAUCUCCAAGUCACGGCGGCUGCGUUUUAUUUCCCGUGAACGCAGAGCAUACUACUGAAGAUCUCAUCAAGUUCAGUAAGUAGAAGCAAUAUCCACCAUCAGCAGAGAUAAUGUCAGGUGAUGAAGCUCCAGCAGUGGCCGUUGAGGUGGCAGCCCCAGCUCCAGCUCUGGGAGAGCCCAUGGAUAUAAUGACUGCCUUGCAACUAGUGUUGAGGAAGUCUUUGGCUCACGGUGGGCUUUCUCGUGGCCUUCAUGAAAGUGCUAAGGUCAUCGAAAAGCAUGCUGCCCAGCUCUGUGUCUUGGCAGAGGACUGUGACCAGCCUGACUAUGUUAAACUUGUCAAAGCCCUUUGUGCUGAUCAUAAUGUAAACAUGAUGACUGUCCCAAGUGCCAAGACUCUUGGAGAGUGGGUUGGUUUGUGCAAGAUUGAUUCUGAGGGAAAAGCUAGGAAGGUAGUUGGAUGCUCUUGUGUUGUUGUCAAGGAUUAUGGGGAAGACCAUGAAGCCCUUCAUGUUGUUCAGCAGCAUGUCAAGGCUUAAUGAUCUGGACUCUGUCAGAAAUUGAUGGGGCUAAUAGUUUUUUCUAAGUCUUUUUGACCGACCUUGUUCCAAUUAAUGGGUUUUACACCUAGGGAGUUUCUGAUUAUUUCUUGGUUAUGAGUACACUGCAAAUUGUUGCGUUUAGUAAUCUUUUUUUUCUUCUUUCACACUAUGCUGUUUUGUUUUUCUUUUCCAAGUAACUUUUCUUUUAUGCGUA